AUGGAGCACACCAAACCAGAGCCCGACUUGUCAAAGAUCCACAAAGCAGUCGAAGAUGCCCUCACAAAGAUCCAGGACGCGCAAAUCGACAACCAUGACCCCAGCAAAACCAAAGAGGACACGAACCGCGACUUGAUCGAAGCAUCAAACAUCCUGGCUCAAGCCAAGGAAGACAUUGCCGCGAUCGACAGCCUCCCCAGAGAUCAUGCCAUCAAAGGGGCUUCCGACGUUCACGCCCCAAACUGGCCCGAGCUACGUGAAGGCCUCAUCAAACAAGUCAAGAUCCGACUCGAGGCCUUCUACUUUCAGCUCGAGAAAGGGAUGUUGGUCACAAUUGACCCCAAAAUCUUCGAAGGCCAGGCCAGGAGAGAAGCGUCAGAGGUUAUCAUAGGAAAAGUGCAGGAGAUGCCAGAGAUACUGUCCAAGGACCUGUGA